AAGGGCAUUACGGCCCAAUUGAAAUGGAUUGGAAAUCCUGCUCUCGUUCAUCCAUCUCUCAUCUCGCUCCUCCCGUCUGACGACUUCGGAUCGCCUUCCACCGAUUCUCUUCGUUUCUUUCUUUCAUCGCCUCUGCUCGAGGGACAACAAUCGAUUACAGAUCUCGAGGAUGUAAGCAUGCAGAACUCACAAAUGGAUUUCAAACCUGCUUCUAUAGUGUUCUAUUUCUUCCUUUAUCUGCUCCAGGCCGUAACUCGAUCGAGACGGAUAGUUCCAUUAUGGAGUUAUUCACCUGGAAAGCUCCUUAUUCGAGCAGUACAAGAAAACGAGGGUCCGCGAAGACUAGUCGACAUCAUUCGUCUUGUCCCAGAUAUCUCAAGGAACUACUUCAAAAGCCGACCUAGGAGAGCACUUUUUGGCGGUAUCUCAUUGUUGGGUGGGUUUUAUGUUGCACAGACGAUCUCUCUAUCAUUUGGUGCAUUGGGAGUGAAUGAUGUAAUUGCUGCAGUGGUAUGUGUCCUCCUUACAGAGUUCGUGACAAGGUUUUACUACAGCCGACCCAGAGUGACCUUCCCUGUUGCAUUACUAAACAAUUUUAAGAUGGGGUUCACGUAUGGACUUUUCAUUGAUGCUUUUAAGCUUGCUAGUUAGUAUGGCAUUCCUUUGUUAUAAGAUGUGGCACUUGGGCUCUCUGUAUAUGAGCUUCCUUGAUGCCCAAUAACUUUUAUUAUUAUUUUAGCAAUUUAGGUGUAUAGGUUUUGUCCAAUUAAUUCUGGAAAUAGACGGUCUACCCUUUUGAUUUGCCUAUUAGGUAAAAUACAUAACACAAUUUAUACUCA